CAUUGAGUAAAUACUUAGAUACGCUUAGAAAUUUGUGUUUCUGGUGCAGUUGGUGAACGAAGCUUUGGAAACGUUGGGAAAGGUUACGCAACCGUAAAAAUCAGCGAGAUUUUCACUUAAUACUCAAAGCAAUGGCGACGUUGCAGCGGCCUAAAGCAGUAAAGAGGUUAAGCUGGCAGGACUUGUCUCUUGACAGCCCGAGAAUUCAGUUAACAAGACGAAUCGUGCAGCUACAAGGAAACAAAACGUCUGCUGACAUUCUCGAACAAGCAAAGCAAAUAUGUAAUGAUUAUAUUGAAGCUAAACUUGAGCGCGAAGGCUUCAAAAAUCGAAGCUGGUCUUUCACCUUCUCCAAUUCAGCACCGCGUCAAGAGAGCGGUGAGAUGGUUUCUCAAGUAUCAAUCCGUGUGCGGGAAGUUGGUAGACUCCUUGAACAGAGCUAUCCCCGUUUAUACAAAGAUAUUUCUGGCCGUAUUAAUGUCCCUUUUAACAGCGAAAACACCGUUCAUGAUGUAUUUAAUAAUGUUUCGUCGGAAAUCUUGAGCGAUGGAUUAAAUUGGGCGAGAAUUGUUGCUCUGUAUGCGUUCGCUGGUGCGCUCGUUGCUGAAUGUUGCAAAGAGGGUCGCAAUUCUUACGUGCUGGAAAUCGGAAACUGGAUGUACGAAUUUGCAGCUCUUUACAUGGUGGAUUGGAUCAAAAGUAAAGGUGGAUGGGUAAGAUUAAGAUAUUUCAUGUUCACAAAAUGAUCAUUUAGCAAGAAUAAUGAAGUUUAAUGUCUUCUAAAACGCUACGUCGAUGUGUUUUACCACAGUUGUUUCCUUUAAAAUAAACAAUACGAGCAACCAAGCUGGCAACCUCAAGCAAUCUUGUUCGUUUUCAAAAUUGUAUUGGCUUUCUAACCAUGCGAUGGUAAUGGUUACUAAAACUAUAAUUACACAAUUUGUAUUGUGUGUAAGUGCUUCUUUACAUAUCAAAGUAUUAUUUAAAGAAUUAAGCGCGCAUGAUUAAGCUUCUGAUGAAAACUCUUUUGUUUACACGAACUUUCUAUUUAAAUUGAUGGUGGUCUCUAAGAUCUAUGAUAUGGAAGGCUAGAUAAACAUUCAGGUCUUAAACUCUUGACCUCAGUGCUGAUGCCGAAUACAGAGAACUAUUGUAUGCGCAAAGUUAUUGAAGUUCCGUGAAAGUGUCCACGACUCGACUGAAGAUGAAACAAAUUAUUCUCUUUUCAACCGUGACAAUAUCAUUGAUCUGUUUUGUAUUCAUUCAUAAAAUACGCUUAAAGAGGCUGAAAAUAUGUCCAGGAGUCUUUUUGUUUGAGCCACUCUGAUUUCCGCAUUUACAUUUUUCCAAAGGUUAAUCUUCCGCCAACUUGUUACUUCUUUGACGUCAUCAAAAAAAAUUGAUGCAGGGGCUUUCAAAAAAUAACCUGUUAAGUCAGUCUCCACAAGUCACACCAAGAGAAUAGAAACUGCAGUUGGUAAUUUCUUGGUCAAACUAGAUACCCAAUGUAUCGUGACUGCUCCAACACAUAUUUAAGAGUUGUGCAAGGCAAAGGAUCCAAGCAGUUUGGCUUCGCAGGAGACACGUAAAAGACUUAGACCUUGGCAUCGAUCUCAAUCUUUAAUUCUCUUUGGCUGAUAAGUCAUUAACAUCAAAGUAAAAAUUCAAGAGUGGCUAGUAGCAAUUUAUGUCCAAAUUCUGGUACAAAUAUGUCAUUAAGUAUCUAUCUGUUUGAAUUCAAAACUCUUUAGGGUAUUUCGAUCUGUAAUGUAAACAAUGCAAACAAAGCCCAGCUUUUUAGAACCGGCAACUACUAAUAGAAACGCCCCCUUGGAUUUGAGCUCUAGCUGAUCGAGGUAAUUUGUUGUGCUCACAGUCCUUCUUUCCACUUAGCCAGCUGUUUUAACGAUUUGCUGUAUUUACAGCCUGCCGCAAAAACUGACAGGAUUUGGGGAGGGAGGUUAUACUUACAAUGGAAGAACCGGAAAAGAAGGAAUACGCGGUCUAGUCGCUCAGUGUCAUAGAAAUUAGCCAGUUCCGGGCGUUGAGUCAGUAAAACGAAGCGAUAUAUUAACAGGUGCAAUUGAAGCGGAGGAGUGAAAAAAACGAGGGGGGUACGAGAUUAGGUGGACCAGAUAUCCCUCGUUUUUGCUCUGUUGCUUUUACUUUUACGGCGCCUUUUACUUUCAUUAGCUGAACGCCUGGAACAGGCUACACAGAAUCAGACAGGCUUUGGCAAGAAUGAGCCCUCUGGUUCGUUUACUGAGUUAUCUAUUCGCUUGUUUUGACAGGGAGACCUCUUACGAGCUUUCCCGAGCUUAACACCGACUGGUUUGGGAACGUCGAUCGAUGUUCAAGCUACUCAGUGGUACAGUUGGUUAGUGAUGGCUGUUAGGGCGUGGUGUGAGACGGCUUUUGAGUUCCUGGAAUACUGCUUCAAAGCUUACAUGGAAAGAGUGCGGAAAAUGAAUACUGGCUCUCGUAAAAUAAGCCACUGAUAAAUAAAUAAACUGUGUAACAUCUAGAAAAUUGGAAAAAAUAGAAAUUUUUCGAAAAGGCCGAAUCAUGGAUGAUGGCUUUGAUAAUAAUUUACGGUUUAUUUUCUUAUCAAAAUUUCUAGAGUAUUGCGAAG